AUUUUGCUUUUACUUCUACUAUUUUGUGCUGAUUUGUAGUAUCGCAUUGCUGAUUUUAACUAAUAAUCGUUUAAAAAAUAUCGCAGCAUCAAAACAAUGCCUCCACCAAAAGUAAAACUGCACAAGAAUACUGGGAAACAAAAAUCUAUACCUAAAUUACCUCCUAAUCGGUCAACGUCAGGAACUCAAGUCUCGGAAAUCACUACCAAUCAUAUGCCACAAGCAGGUCCAACAGAACCAGACCGACAAUUUGAGUUGGAGCUAUACUGGUGCAUUCAGCAAUUGGAAAAUUCUCUUAAUACACCUCACAUCCGUGAGAAUAACAAAAAAUUGGAAGAUAUCACGAAACUAAUAAAUAUACUCAAGUCCCCUAGCCAACCAUUAAUCAAAAAGCGACAGAUUAUGCGGACCAAUCUUGGGGACUAUCGAACAAAAAUGGCAGAGGAGGAGAAAACACUGGCUCUUAAUCCAGAAAGUGUGGGAUUUGAUGCACCGAAAAAGAAAGCGAAAUAUCAUUUUGUGAAAAAGGCUGCUAUUCUUAAUGGCAGUAAUGAUUUUCGUUUCAAUUUUUCCAAUAUUCAAAUAACGGAUGACAUAGUAGAAACAAAAGCAGAAGUAAAUACGCAAUCGGAAGUCAGUGUGUGUAAACCGUGCAUAGUUGGGUCUACUGCAAAUUCCUUCAGAUUCAACUUCACCAUUGAAGAGUAGCAAUAAAUUACAGAAACGAACGCAAAAAUAUUCUGUUAACGAUAUUUAUUAAAUAUAUCAGUGACGCAUUCGUCGCGAACCGAUUUCAA